AUAUAUUUUUAUUUUUUAAAAUGAAAGUCUUCCUAAUUAAGAGCGAAACAAGCAUAUAAGGACUUGGUCGUUCUUUAUCUUCCUUCAAGACCACCAUUGAAUUCAGAAGAGAAACUCCAAAAAGAAAUGGAAAGGGUCUUCUUCUUGUCCUGUCUCUCACUUUUCUCUGUGAUUGCAGUCUUGCCCAUCAUCAUGAUAUCCCAUACCCAGCCAGUAUUAGCUCUGCCACUAUACACAAACUCUCGGUGGAUUGUGGACGAAGGUGGGCAGAGAGUGAAAUUGGCAUGCCUGAAUUGGGUUUCGCAUCUUGAAGCCGUGGUUGCAGAAGGGCUUAGCAAACAACCUCUGGAUACCAUCUCCAAGCGGAUUGUUUCAAUGGGUUUCAACUGUGUUAGGCUCACUUGGCCUCUCUUCUUGACCACCAACGAUUCACUUGCUUCUAUCACUGUUAGGCAAUCUUUCCAAAGCCUUGGUCUUCUCGAAUCAAUUGCUGGUAUUCAGGCCAACAACCCCUCCAUCAUUGACCUUCCUAUCAUAAAUGCUUACCAGGCUGUGGUGUCUAACCUUAGAGAUAACAAUGUGAUGGUCAUACUGGAUAAUCAUAUAAGCAACCCCGGUUGGUGUUGCAGCAACUUUGAUGGCAAUGGCUUUUUUGGUGACCAAUAUUUUAAACCAGACCUCUGGAUCAAGGGCCUUACUCGGAUGGCCACAUUGUUCAAUGGUGUGACCAAUGUGGUUGGUAUGAGCUUGAGGAAUGAACUCCGAGGCUCCAAACAGAAUGUCAAGGAUUGGUACAGGUAUAUGCAGAGAGGAGCUGAGGCAGUGCACUCAGCAAACCCAGAUGUUCUUGUCAUUCUUUCUGGCCUGAAUUAUGACAAAGACUUCUCAUUCCUGAAAAAUAGUCCAGUGAACCUCACAUUUUCCGGAAAACUGGUAUUUGAGGUUCACUGGUAUGGAUUUUCGGAUGGGAAAGCAUGGGAGACCGGGAACCCAAAUCAAGUCUGUGGUAGAGUGGUGGAUAACAUGAUGAGGGUAUCAGGAUUCUUGCUGGGGCAAGGAUGGCCAUUGUUUGUGAGUGAGUUUGGGGUGGAUCAAAGAGGAACCAAUGUGAAUGACAACAGGUAUUUGAGCUGCUUCUUGGCUACAGCAGCUGAACUUGACUUGGAUUGGGCAUUGUGGACACUGGUUGGGAGUUAUUAUUUCAGGCAGGGUGUUAUUGGAAUGAAUGAGUAUUAUGGGGUGUUGAAUUGGAAUUGGUGUGAGACCAGGAAUUCUAGCUUCUUGCAAAGGAUCUCUGCCAUUCAAUCUCCUUUUCAAGGACCAGGAAUAGCACAAAGACGUCCAUACAAAAUCAUUUUCCAUCCAUUGACAGGUCUCUGUGUCCUAAGAAAAUCACUUCUUGAUCCAUUAAAGUUGGGUCCAUGCUCCGAGGCUGAAGCCUGGAAAUACACACCACAGAAGACUUUAACGGUGAAAGGAACAUAUUUCUGCCUACAAGCAGAUGAAGUGGGAAAACCAGCACAACUUGGUAUAAUUUGCACUGAAUCCAAUUCAAAAUGGGAAAUCAUCUCAGAUUCCAAGUUGCACAUCUCAUCGAAGACCAGCAGUGGCGACGUUGUUUGCCUAGACGUAGACUCUAACAAUGUCAUUGUCACAAACACCUGCAAAUGCUUGAGCAGGGAAAACAUGUGUGACCCUGGAAGCCAAUGGUUCAAACUCGUUGACAGUACUAGAAGUUUACAUGCACCAAAAUCCAAUGUUAAAAUAAACUCUAUCUUGGAUUUGCCUGGUAAAGAGUUCAUGUGGAAGUUUUUGAAAUCCAGCCUGUCAAGAACUUCUUACAUAAAGCAAGCACGACCAUCGAGUCACAAACUGAGAAACCCAAGAAGCAAAAUAUAACCUCAAGCUUCUCAACUAUGUUUCACAGAAAUCCUAAAUCUUCUGGAAGGGAGAAAAAAAAAUUAUGGAAAAUGUUAUUAAGUACAUAGACAUAAGGUUGGCAGUUCAAUAACUCUGUCAGUUUGUUGAAGCUGAUUACUUCUAUUACAAUUAUUCGGCUACGUAAAUGUAAAACAGUUAAAAGAUUAUGUAACAUGUAUAUUAUUUCCUUAUUGGGAAAAAAAAAAACAAAAAAAAAAACAAAAACAAAAACAAAAAGAAAGAAAGAAAGAAGGCAUGACAGGGGUUUAUUUAUUUAGAUUCUUUGUAGAACAAUAAACAAAAUUAAUGUUAUAAAGUAUUAUUAUAACUAAA